GACCAUUUCUAAUGGAACAUCUGACCAUCUCUAACAACACACCUGAUCAUCUCACAAGCAGGGCACCGUAGUGUAUCGUGGCACACUAGUAUGAAAAAAAGUAGCUUAUAAUAGUGACCUGUGACCUGGCUCUAGAGAUCAUGGAUGGAUCACUGUAGACAUCAAUGAUAGUCAUAAUGGCAGCAGGAGUUUUGAAGUAUCAGUGCUGCAUCUGGAGAACAUUACUAGAGAAGAGCCCGCACUGACUGAUGUUUUUCUGGGGAACAGAGACAUGAGGGCAGCGCCGUCCAGACCAAACUCCUCCAGAGUGAAUACCACCGAACCUCCACAUGCUCAGAGAAAGCCUCUCAUUCUGCCGCACAGACAGUCACUGAGUGAAGUCGGGGCGAGGCAUUCAGGUACGGGACACCUCCAUAACAAACACACACGGACGCGCAUGCGCACCGCUCACCGUCCCGUUUCCCGCGGAAGCCCCGCCCUGUUAGCCUUUAGCCGGCUAGCCGCCAGUCCCGGUCAGCAGGAGACGAGCAGCGGGAGGAAGACGGGCUGAGUCCGGCAGAGGACGCCAGAGGACCGCGGGGAUCUGACAGCAGCCUCUCGCAGCUCAGCCGCUUUCAAAGUGGACUACAAUGCAAUCAGGCCUCGCUCGCCCUUGCAGAUAGACAGACGGUCCAGGAUGGGGUUUGGUCGGGAUCUCAGGAACUCCCACGAGGGUUUGCUGAAGCUGCAGGACUGGGAGCUGAAGCUGCUGGAGACGGUGAAACGAUUCAUGACUUUGCGGGUGAAGAGUGAUAAAGAGUAUGCCGCCCAGCUGCUCAGCAUGACUCAGCAAACGGAGAAACAGGAAGCUGCAGACUACGUCAGCACCGUCAGUAAGUCCUGGUCGCAGGUGGUCCGACAGACGGAGGCGUUGGGCCGCGUCAUGAGGAGCCACGCCGACGACCUAAACUCUGGUCCACUGCACCGCCUCGCCACGUUGAUCCGAGACAAGCAGCAGGUGAAGAAGAGCUACCAGAGUCUUCAUCAGCAGCUGGAGAGCUACAACCAUAAGGUAACCAGAAGUGACCUGGAGAAGCUGAGAGCAUCGUACCGUCAGCUGAGCCGUGACGCCAAUAACGCCAAAGAGAAAUACAGGGAGGCAGUGGCCAAAGGUAGGGAGGCGGAGCGAGCCCGCGACCGAUACGACAAAGCCACAGCAAAGCUCCACAACCUUCACAACCAGUAUGUGUUGGCGGUGUGCGGCGCUCGCACGCAGCAGGAUGAGCAUCAACGCCACGCUGCGCCGGCGCUGCUGGACGCACUACAGCGAAUGCAGGAGGACAUGACCCUUGCCCUUAAAAGUAUUCUGGAGGAGUAUUGUCAGAUCAGCAGUCUGCUGACAGAGGACAUCGUCCGAGUCCAUCAGGAGAUCUCGGAGGCCGUGCAGCAGAUCGACCCUCUGGCCGAGUACCAGCACUUCAUCGAUGCCUACAGGUCUCCAGAGAUGCCAGAGGUGAGCGUGGAGUUUGAUGGAUCCUUGUUGGAUGAAACAGACAACAUCUCAGCCAACGAGAUCCUGUGGAAUACUCUGACAGCCGACAACCUGGAGUCCAUGUUAUCGUCAGCAACAGAGGAGCUGAUGCUGACUCAGCAGAAUCUUCAAACAAAGGCGACGCUAGCAGACGAACUCGAAGCUAAAAUCCAAACAAGUCAGGAGAAUGCAGAAAGGAAGAGCGAUUGUGUCCUGCUGCUUAGCCAGAAACUUUCCCUCCUUGAGCUUCGGCAUACUGUCCAAUCCCUGCGCAGCUCGGAGGCCCGCCUCCUUUCUCAAAAAGCCCUAUUAGAUGCCAAAAUGGCGGUUGCCUCCCCUCCGCCCCCCCCUGCUCCCCCCGCUCUACAGUACGAGGACGACACUCGCUCUGUCGGAUCCACGGAUAAAAGCAGGGAGAAGAGCUCACGCUUCGACACACUGCGUUCUCUGGCUGGGAUGAUCCGAUCUCCUAAAGCUAUGCUGGGAUCCUCUUCAUCUUUCUUUGAUGUGAUCCCAACCUCGGAGCGCCCCCUGGCUGAGCAGGAGUGGUAUCACGGCGCCAUCCCUCGCACCGAAGCCCAGGAGCUCCUCCGGCAGCAGGGAGACUUCUUGGUGAGAGAGAGCCAUGGCAAACCGGGAGAGUAUGUCCUGUCUGUGUUUUCUGACGACCAGAGACGCCACUUCAUCAUCCAGUACGCUGACAAUCAGUACCGUUUCGAAGGAACGGGCUUCUCCACCAUUCCACAGCUCAUCGAGCAUCACUUCUCCAGCAAACAGGUCAUAACCAAGAAGUCGGGAGUCGUGCUGCUCAACCCUGUAGUCAAGGACAAGAAAUGGAUUCUGAACCACGAGGACGUGGUUCUGGGAGAGAUGCUCGGAAAGGGUAACUUUGGAGAAGUGUACAAAGGGGUGCUGCAGCGGGACAAAACUCCUGUAGCCGUGAAGACGUGCAAAGAAGACCUUCCUCCUGAGCUGAAGAUUCGCUUCUUGUCCGAGGCCAGGAUCUUGAAGCAGUAUGACCAUCCGAAUAUCGUGAAGCUGAUUGGCGUCUGUACACAGCGGCAGCCUAUCUACAUCGUCAUGGAGCUGGUUCCUGGUGGAGACUUCCUGUCGUUCCUGAGGAAGAAGAAGGACGAGCUGAAGACCAAGCAGCUGCUUCGCUUUGCUGCUGACGCCGCGGCGGGCAUGGCGUACCUGGAGGGUAAAAACUGCAUCCACAGGGACCUGGCGGCCAGGAACUGUCUGGUUGGAGAUGGCAGCGUGUUGAAGAUCAGCGAUUUUGGGAUGAGCCGUCAGGAAGACGAUGGCGUUUACUCUUCAUCUGGACUCAAACAGAUUCCCAUCAAGUGGACGGCUCCUGAAGCUUUGAACUACGGCCGUUACAGCUCAGAGAGUGACGUGUGGAGUUACGGCAUCCUGCUGUGGGAAACCUUCAGUUUGGGGGUGUGUCCUUACCCUGGAAUGACCAAUCAGCAGGCCAGGGAGCAGGUGGAGAAAGGUUACAGGAUGGCAUGUCCUCAGCGCUGCCCUGACGAGGUGUACAAGGUGAUGCAGCGCUGCUGGCAGUACAACCCGGAGGAGCGUCCGAAGUUCUCCGAGCUGCAGAGAGAGCUGGCCUCCAUUAAGAAGAAGUGAGAGAUGCUGCUGCAGACUCAGAACACAGAAACCUGCUGUUGCAUCACAGCGCUGCACAUGGGCAGACUGCAGAUGAUGUCAUGACAACAUCCUGUCAGGUGAGCGCGGGCCAGCGUGCCGUCUCACCUUUGACCUGCCGACACUCGGGCAUUUAAGAGCGUUUCCACUGCUGAACGUGUUCUAUCGGCCUGCGGAGCGUGAACACGUUACACACUUCAGUUACAAUGAGACAUUACAAAGACUAGAAUGUUCCAUGGAAACCAGGAUCAAAACUACAGAACAAACACUAAAGAGAUCAUCAUUAAACACUAAAAAUAUCUGUAGACACUAAACCAAAUCAAGUUUUUACUGCAGUUUUUAUUUAUUGUGAGGAAAUCUUGGAGUGUUACCAUGGAAACGCCAUGAGCACUACCAUCAUUUUAUCUUUAUUUACUCGUAUUUAUUGUUUCACCUUGAUGAGUCUGACAGCCAAAGCCCUGACGGUUGUCAUGGUAACUGACAUUCUUUGGUUCUGGCAUUUCAAGUCCAACGGUGAGCUCAAAGCGCCACCUACUGACGGUUUCUGUAAAUAAACCAGUUCUGUUCUUGACUUUAACACUUUUUGUAUUGUUGAUAUCAAAGUAUCAUUUAUAAUUAAAAUAGAUCACAUGA